CGUUGUUCAUCCCUGUUGUCAUGUCCCUUGCCUCAAUUUUUUGUUUCAAAGUUGCAAUUUCUGCAUCUUUUACACUUCCUUCAUCAGCAUCAACAGAGGGACUAGAAGCAGAGGGUCUUCUUAAAUGGAGGGCUAGCCUUGACGACCAAAACCAAGCUCUUAUAUCUUCAUGGGUUGGGAAUAGUCCUUGCAACUGGACUGGUAUUGCAUGCAAUGAAUUCAGAAGCAUCAACAACAUUAGCCUUUCUCGUGCUGGUUUAAGAGGUACUCUCUAUGCUUUCAACUUUUCAUCCUUCCCUUCUCUCCUCAGCCUUGAUCUCAGCCAAAACUUGUUAUAUGGAAACCUUCCAUCGAGUUUAAGUAAUCUUUCUAAGCUCAUUUACCUUGAUUUGGCUACAAAUCAAUUCUUUGGAAGAAUCCCAUCCGAGAUAGGACUUUUGACAAGUCUUACCAUACUUUAUCUGCAUGGCAAUGACAUAAAUGGAUCGAUCCCCAAUGAAAUCGGAUCACUGAGGUCAAUUAAAGAGCUGGUUCUGGGUGAAAACAGCUUGACAGGUCCAAUCCCUGCCUCCUUAUGGAGCUUGGGCAACUUGACCUUUCUAUAUUUGUCAAGUAAUCACCUUACUGGAACAGUCCUUCAAGACAUAGGUAACCUUAAAUCCCUUACCCAGCUCCACUUGCAAUUUAACAACCUAACUGGUCCAAUUCCAGCAUCCAUAGGAAACCUGGCCAGUUUGACUGCUUUAGCACUUCUUAAUAAUACAUUUUAUGGAUCCAUCCCUUCAUCUUUAGGAAACUUGACCAAGCUCACCUGGUUAGAUAUCCAGCAAAAUCAAUUGAGUGGCCUUAUCCCACCAGAAUUAGGCAAGCUCACAUUGCUAUACAAGUUAGGGCUGUUCCAGAACAAUCUCAAUGGCUCAAUUCCUGGAGAGCUAAAUAACCUUACAAACUUGCAUAAUUUAGGGGUUGGAGACAACAUGUUAUCUGGCUAUCUUCCUCAAGAAAUUUGCAAUAGUGGACUACUUGUAAAUUUCACGGCAGAUGACAAUUAUUUCAUUGGCUCCAUCCCUAAAAGUUUUAAGAACUGCUCCAACUUGUACAGAGUGAGGCUUGACAGGAACAGGUUAUCAGGAAAUAUAUCCGAAGAUCUUGGAGUAUAUCCACAGUUGAACUAUAUUGAUUUGAGCUAUAACAGUUUCUAUGGCGAAAUUUCUCAGAACUGGGUGCAGUGCCAAAGUCUACAAAGUUUGAAAAUAUCUGAUAACAGGAUUACCGGAGGAAUUCCUCCACAACUUGGAGAUAUGCUUCAGCUUCGAGUUCUCGACCUCUCUUUGAAUUAUCUAGUUGGUGAUGUUCCAAAAGAACUGGGGAGAUUAGUAUCACUGUUCAAACUCAACUUGAGUGGUAAUAAGCUUUCAGGAAGUGUUCCUUUGGAAAUCGGAAGACUUUCUAAUCUUGAAUGUCUGGACUUAUCAGCAAACAAUCUCACUGGAUCAAUUCCUGUGCAAUUAAGUUGGUGCUCAAAACUGUUGAACUUGAAUUUGAGCAUAAAUAGAUUCACAGACAAUCUGCCUUCAGAGAUGGGCCGCUUACUGUAUCUUCAGGUUCUCGAUCUGAGUCAUAACUUACUGAGAGGAGAGAUACAACCACAGUUUGCAGAAAUGAAAAACUUGGAAGCAUUGAAUCUCUCUCACAAUGAGCUUUCUGGUUCCUUGCCAUCCACGUUUCACGAUAUGCUAAGUUUGACUGCUGUUGACAUAUCCUACAAUCAAUUAAAGGGUCCUCUCCCGGAUAACAAAGCAUUCACGGAGGCUCCUGUUGAAGCUUUAGAGAGUAACAAAGGCUUGUGUGGUAAAGCUAAAGGUUUGAAGGCAUGCUCAUCUACACCAAGAAACGGGGAAGAGCAUAAUGUCAACGUCAUUUUGAUAACAGUCCCCAUUUUUGGAACACUGUUACUUGUCUUCAUUGUAUUUGGGAUUCUCUACAGUCGUCGCCGUCACCAGACUGCAAUUGAAAGCCAUAAAAUGCAAGGAGAAGUACAAACUGAGAAUCUCUUUUCAAUAUGGAGCUAUGAUGGAAAAUUGGUAUAUGAUGACAUCAUUGAAUCUACAGAGGAAUUCGACUCUCAAUAUUGUGUGGGAGCAGGGGGGCAUGCAAGUGUUUAUAAAGCUGAGCUGCAAACAGGCCAGAUUGUUGCAGUGAAGAAAAUUCACACAGUACAAUCUGGAAGUGAGGUUGCAAAUCUCAAGGCGUUCGAGAGUGAGAUCCAUGCACUCUCAGAAAUUCGUCAUCGAAACAUUGUGAAACUCUAUGGUUUUUGCACACAUCCACGCCACUCAUUCUUGGUGUACCAGUUUCUGGAAGGGGGAAACUUAGAAAAGUUACUGCACAAUGGCGAAGAAUCAAUUAUGUUUGAAUGGACUGCGAGGAUAAACCUUGUCAAGAGUGUGGCAGAUGCAUUAUUCUAUAUGCACCAUGAUUGCUCGCCUCCAAUUGUUCAUCGAGACAUAUCAAGCAAGAACAUUUUGCUGGAUUUAGAAUACAAUGCUUACAUCUCUGAUUUUGGUACAGCUAGAAUUUUGAAGCCAAACUCUUCCAAAUGGACUUCAUUUGCAGGCACAUUUGGAUACACUGCUCCAGAAUUUGCAUACACAAUGGAAGUGAAUGAGAAAUGUGAUGUCUAUAGUUUUGGGGUGUUAAUUCUCGAAGUCAUCAUGGGAAAGCAUCCAGGAGACCUCAUGAUCUCACUUUUCUCAUCCUCAUCAUCAUCGACGUCAAGUACUGUGCUUGAUCUACUGCUGAGGGAUAUUUUGGAUCAACGCCUUUCAGCUCCUAGAGGUCAAAUUGCAGAGAAACUGGUGUUUGUUGCUAACCUUGCAUUUUCAUGCUUGCGAACCAAUCCGCAAACUCGGCCAACCAUGAAGGAGGUUUCCUUGGAGCUAUCAACUCGAAGGCUAUCUCUACUACCACUCAGCUUUGACAAGAUUACCUUGUCACAGCUGCUUGACAGUUCUUGUCUUCCUGGACAUCGAUCUGAUCCCAUCUUUUCCUCUGAAGUUGUGUGACACACGUUCCUUAAUACAUCUUUUUAGACUCUGAGAGGU